GUGUGGCCUUUCCUCUUCUUCCAGGGGCUUUAAGCCAGCUGUUUAUUCUCUCGCUCCAUCUGUCUGUGUGCUCGCUCGCCCAGAGAAGGGAGGUUGAGGAGGCAGAGGAGGCAGAGGAGUCGGACCACGGUGGCAGGAGGCCACGCAGGAGCAGACGGAGUGCCAGAAGAAGGAGGAGGAGGAGCAUCAGGGCGCCGCCGGCCGCAUCCCUUCGUAGAAAGCCGGGAGGUCAGCCGGGAGGAGGUGCACCAGAGGCGGGGCGGGGGGGCCGCAGCUCCACGUCCACUCGCCGCCGGGACGCCCAGCCGUCACCACCGAUAGUCGGACUAAGAUCGGGCAGCGAGGCCUCGCUGACGAUGGAUUUCAAGGCCAACCUGAAGGGGGUCAAAGAUCGCAAGGCCAACGCCAACGCCACGCCACAGGUGGACUUCCGUGGCGUCCUAAACAAGAAGAAAACCGCCGACACGCCCACCCCUGAGAAGAAGACGGCGAAUGCGGACAAGAACGGCGAAGGCCACAAGGCGGCGGCCAACAACUGCGUGGACGGAGGCGGCGGCGGCGGCGGCGGCGAGGCGCCCCAGUUCACCGAGAAGCUGAGCGACGCCGCGGUGCUGGAUGGACAACGUCUUCGCCUGCAGUGUCGCGUCUCGGCCGCGGGUGACGGCGUGGCCAGCUGGACGCUGGACGGGAAACUCAUCAAACCGUCCAAGUUCAUCGUCCUUGCCAAUGAAGGUGGCCUCUGCUCGCUGACCAUCGACAAAGCUCUCCCAGAAGAUGAAGGCCAGUACAAAUGCAAGGUGGAGAACUCUGCGGGCCACGCCGAGUGCUCUUGCAUGGUCCUGGUGGACGACCCUCCAGAAAACUCUCCGGCUGACAAGAAUUCCAAGAAGAAGACUCCGACCUCAGAGAGUGAAGCUCGCAUAAAGAAACCCACAGCCAAGACGCCUCCCAAGCAAGCGCUGCCUCCGCACAUCCUUCAGUUCCCAGAGGACAUGAAGAUCCUGGCAGGAGAGAAGGUGGCGAUCCCCUGCAAGUUUUCUGGCGCGCCGCCCAUCAACUGCACCUGGCUGAAGUUCAGGAAGCCUAUCCAGGAGGGCACGCCGGAAAUCACCAUCACCAGCACAGAGAGCAGCAGUCACUUGACCAUCUCUAGUGGCCAACAGGAGCACUGCGGCUGCUACACCAUCGAGCUGAGGAACCAAUAUGGCCUCCGACAGGCGGCACUCAACCUCACCAUCGUGGAUAAACCCGACCCCCCAGCAAAGGUUCCGGCGACGUCAGAUGUCAAGCGGGCUAGUCUGACGCUGUCCUGGUACGGUCCAACUUAUGACGGCGGCAGCGCCGUGCAGUCGUACCACCUGGAUAUAUGGGACUCUGUGGACCAAAAGUGGACACAGCUGGUGUCCUGCAACAGCACAUCCUACAACAUCCAAAAUCUUCUUCCGGAACGCCAGUAUAAGUUCAGGGUCCGAGCAGAGAACAUCUACGGGAUUAGCGAGCCGGGUGCUGAGUCAGAGGCUAUAACAGUGGGCUUAGUGGACGAUGAGAACCAGGAUGAGGUGGAGGAAGAGGAUGACGAGAAAGAGCCAGACUACAGACAGGUGGCGGUCCGAGCAGACGUGAAGGUGAAAGAGCUGUACGACGUGGAGGAGAGGCUGGGAACAGGGAAGUUCGGACAAGUCUUCAAGCUCGUGGAGAAGGCCACCAAGAAGGUAUGGGCAGGGAAGUUCAUCAAGGCGUACUCAGUCAAGGACAAAGACAACGUCCGGCACGAGAUCGGCAUCAUGAAUAGCCUCCAUCAUCCCAAGCUUGUCCAGUGCGUGGACGCCUUCGAGGGCAAGUCUGACAUCGUCAUGGUGCUGGAGAUGAUCUCUGGCGGCGAGCUGUUUGAGCGCAUCAUCGACGAAGACUUUGAGUUAUCGGAGCGCGAGGUGAUCAAGUACAUGCUGCAGAUCGUGGACGGGGUGGGCUUCAUCCACAAGCAGGGCAUCGUGCACCUUGACCUCAAACCGGAAAACAUCAUGUGUGUCAACAAGAUGGGCAGCAAGAUCAAACUCAUUGACUUCGGCCUCGCCAGGCGGCUAGAAAAUGCUGGAACUCUCAAAGUUCUGUUUGGGACACCAGAGUUUGUGGCUCCUGAAGUGAUCAACUAUGAAGCUAUCAAUUACCCAACUGACAUGUGGAGUAUUGGAGUAAUCUGUUACAUACUGCUGAGCGGUCUCUCGCCCUUCAUGGGCGACGACGACAACGAGACUUUGGCCAACGUGACUUCGGCCACGUGGGACUUUGAGGAUGAGGCCUUCGAUGAGAUCUCGGACACCGCCAAAGACUUUAUCACCCAGCUGCUGAAGAAGGACAUGAAGAAGCGCCUGACCUGUCCUCAGUGUUUUGAACAUGCUUGGCUCAAGCAAGACACCAACACCAUGAAGGCCAAGAAGCUGUCCAAGGAGAGAAUGAAGAAGUACAUCCUUAGGAGGAAAUGGCAGAAAACAGGUCAUGCGGUGCGAGCCAUCGGCAGGCUGUCGUCUAUGGCCAUGAUGGCCGGGGUCAGCGCCAAGAGGGGCUCGCCCACUGAAGAAGAUAACCAGUUCCUGGAGUGCUUGGAGCUGGAGCAGAAAGUGGAGUGCAAGCCUACCUUCAGCGCGGUCAUCAAGGACGUGGAGGUGGUUGAAGGCAGCGCCGCCCGCUUUGACUGCAAGAUCGAUGGUUACCCCGAUCCCGAGGUGGUGUGGUACAAAGACGAGCAGCCAAUCAAGGAGACUCGACACUUCCAGAUCGACUACGACGAGGACGGAAAAUGCAGUCUGGUCAUUUCUGAGGUGUCGGGCGACGACGACGCCAAAUACACGGUGAAGGCGGUCAACAGUCUGGGGGAGGCCACGUGCACCGCCGAACUGCUGGUGGAGGUGAUGGCCGGGGAGGAAGAGGAGGAGGAAGAAGAGUGAAGCCACUUCCUUGCUGUGUCUCAAUCGGCGCACUUCCGUACUUACACUUUUGAGUGCACGAGUGCGAUCACAAUGAGAAGUAAGUGGUCAAAAUGGUGAGUGUGCGGUAUUGGACACUAACUGUACCAGUCGCCAUCUUGGCUCCAUAUGGGGAAGGGGAGGGGCUUCGAAACUAAAAGCCCUCAUUUGAAGCAGGGGGUUUGGGACAGAACUACACCGUCAUAAUUGGCCUGACUCGGUUGACUGACGGAAGUAUUCCAUUUGAGACACAGCCUUGGACUCUAGCAGGAAGCAAGGAACCCCCCCCCGGGCAGGAAGCGGUGCACUUCUACUUCCUCUGUGAGUCCAGGGAAAGGAUGAAGGCGCCUGAUAUUCACAGAGCUGGCUCACAUGAUGCACAGCCAAGGUGGUGGAAAGUUAGACACCAAAUCACAAGUUUGACUUUUAACUUAAUGAUCUGAAAACAAACCAAAAAAAAAGAGCUAACGGCACAACCUACAGGUUGACCCAGCUCUGUCAAUACAGCCUGAGUGACAACUGUGAUAAUCAUUAUUUAUAAGUACACCACACACAAACGUCUUUCUCAUGUAGAGCGUAGCUUGGUUUGUUUUUGCGGAAUGUGUGUGAGCCUUAAAGCGACGCCGUCGCCAUGGUUUCCUUUUGGCUGCCUUCCAAACAUGUUUGCUGUGUUCCCACUGGGUGACACUGUGCUUUCACCACAUGGCCUCCUUCACACACUGACGACUACGACGAUGAUGAUGAUGCUCCCUGUCACAUGACACCGCAUCACGAGCAACGGGGAUCAAACAAGUGGCCUUGCAAUCACGAGACAGCCCUGAGCCAAAACUUUGUGUUGAAGCGCACACACAUGAUUUUUUUUUUUUUUUUACGGCUUUGUAAAUGACGUCAGCACUUUCUUUCAAUACAAUAUUCACAGAACGGAUUCAACUAAACCAGGGGUGUCCAAAGUCCUUUUAUUGGCAUGUGGUACAUUGUAAAACAGCAAAAAGGAAAUUAUACUUUCAAAAAUAAUAGUCCUAUAACACAAAGCGUAUCUAAAUAGGAUUCAUUUUUAAGAUAACAGGACUUUAUUUGUCAAUCUGGCCCCUACAUUGUCGGAUUUUUCAGUAUACGGGUUUUGGCCUAAAAAGUCUGGACCCCCCUGAACUAAACAUUUCACAGAUAUAUGUGUGUUGUAUAUGUACAUUUAUUUCACGCACACACCGACCUUGGAGAUUUUCCGCACGUCACAACUGGCAGGCAUUUGUUUUUUUUCAACUAGUUGUGUAUGAAGAAGGUUCCUGUCUCGUUUGUACAAUUCUAUAUGACUUUGACAUGUAUGACAACACUGCCAGUGUACUUUCCGACUAACACUUAAGUAAUAAAAUAAUCACAAACCAA